AUCUCUCGUCAUUCAACGCCCGUCUUCUCCUAUCGCCGGCAACCCUGGCCUACGACUGGCAGAUGGGAAGCAUUCAACUCAUUACCAGUAUUUCCGACAUUAGAAACAUAUUUGCCUUAUUAUUAGUGUUGGUUUUGGCUCUUAUUAUAUGGAAAUUAUGCCAAACCUCUGUGUCCUCUCGUGACGAUCAGGAUCUGUCCAAUAGAACCCUAUGUAUUGGUAUUACAUUAUUAAUACUGCCAUACAUUCCGGCCUCCAAUCUCUUCGUUACCGUUGGCUUUGUUGUCGCUGAGAGAGUGCUCUAUAUUCCCAGUAUAGGAAUGAUUGUAUUGGUUUGCACUGGUCUUCAACGGCUCACUCAAAGCAAGAGUAUAUUUGCCAAAAAAUUAGUCCCAAUAAUAAGAUCAGCGAUGUUUGCACUCAUCCUUAU